AUGCGCAACGUGUCGUCAUUAAUCAGCGGCGUGGCCAUCUUCUUCCUAGGAGCUGGACUGACUUUCUAUCAUGGCAUCCUCGGGGUGUUUCAUCCACACGAUGUGGAGCCGCUGUAUUGGGCACUUUUCGUUCUUGCCGGCUCAUUCGUCAGUGAAAGCUUUACUCUGGCCUUAGCUUACCGCGAGGCCCGCCGUGGAGCGAAACGGCACAACUUUGACUCCGUCCGCCAGUGGCUAUCCGCCGGUGUUGAUCCAAGCACUAGUGUGGUUCUCCUCGAGGAUCUUGCUGCUGUGUUCGGUGUCUUAGUCGCCGGCGCUGCAAUGAGCAUCACAGCAUGGACCGGAAACGCGCUACCGGAUGCAAUCGGUGCGAUCGUCGUUAGUGGAAUUCUGGCCGCAGUUGCUGUGAUCAUCAUACGCACAAACACAGAAAUGCUGAUUGGUCGUUCUAUUCCCCCUGAAAAACAAGAGGCAGUUAUGCGAUUAAUGGAUAGCAUGAAAGUGAUCCGCGGCACUUACGACAUCAAGGCUACAAUGAUCGGUGGUGACGCGAUGCGGUUCAAGGCUGAAGUCGACAUUGAUGGCCGGGAAUUGACUAGGCGUUAUAUCGAAACGCUUCCUCUAGAUGCCCUGAUGCAACUGUUCGAUUGGUGGCUUGGCAGCUAUCUGACCUACAGAGUACCAGUCGUCGUACAUUCGAAUCCCGCAAUGAGGAUGAAGACGUUCUCCUUCCGAUCGGACAACGAGUGGUUGGCUCACGCCGCCGCCAUCAUCUGGGGCGUUCUAUCCUUUAUGAAUAAGCUGGAAUCUUCCGCACUGGCCACUGAAUUUCUCCCAGAUGGUAAGCCAUUGUGUAUGGCACAAUACUACCUCGUUCUUGGAAACUGCCGCAUCCCUGGCCUAACGGAGGACCAGAUAGUAUCGCGCCUUGGUGGACCCUCGUCCACAUGUGGCAUAAAUCACAUCUGCGUUUUUUACCGCAACAAGGUUAGUCUUUAG